UCUUCCUCCACUUCUCCACUCAUUGUCCCGAAUCCUUCUUUCUCUUUGUUUUUUCCCUCUAUUUUUUUUGUUGUUGUUGUUGUCUUGUUGUGGUUGGUUUUAUUAGAAAUUAUUCAAUUGACUUGAAUUGUCUCAUCUAUCAUCAUGUCGUCCAACACCACCCAAAAGCCUCUUCCCUUCCAAUACCAGUUCGCUGCUGGCGCCAUUGCCGGUGUCUCCGAGAUUCUGAUCAUGUACCCUCUGGACGUGGUCAAGACUCGAGUACAACUGCAGCAAGGUUCCGCGGCCCUGGGUGAGGAGGGAUACAAUGGCAUGUUCGACUGCUUCCGCAAGAUCGUCAAGAAUGAGGGUUUCUCCCGUCUAUACCGCGGUAUCACCGCUCCCAUCCUGAUGGAAGCCCCCAAGCGUGCCACCAAGUUCGCCGCCAACGACAGCUGGGGUGCCUUCUACCGGAACCUGUUCGGAGUGGAGAAGCAGACGCAGGGGCUGGCGACGCUGACGGGCGCGACGGCGGGUGCGACCGAAGCCUUCGUGGUGGUCCCCUUCGAGCUGGUCAAGAUCCGCCUGCAGGACCGCGCCUCGGCCGGCAAAUACAACGGAAUGUUGGACGUGGUGCGCAAGAUUGUCGCGACCGAGGGCCCCCUCGCCAUGUACAACGGCCUCGAGUCGACCCUGUGGCGCCACAUCCUCUGGAACGCGGGCUACUUCGGCUGCAUCUUCCAGGUGCGCGCCCAGAUGCCCAAGCCCGAGGAGGGCAACAAGGCCCAGCAGACCCGCAAUGACCUCAUCGCCGGUGCCAUCGGUGGUACCGCCGGUACCAUUCUCAACACCCCCAUGGACGUUGUCAAGUCCCGCAUCCAGAACUCCCCCAAGAUCCCCGGUCAGACCCCCAAGUAUAACUGGGCCUGGCCUGCCGUCGGCACCGUCUUCAAGGAGGAAGGCUUCGCCGCGCUGUACAAGGGCUUCCUUCCCAAGGUCCUCCGUCUGGGCCCCGGUGGCGGUAUCCUCCUCGUCGUGUUUACCGGUGUCAUGGACUUCUUCCGUGAGAUGCGCGGUUAAGUGAGGCUGCUACAGUGGUGUAUUGCAAAUAGAGGGGGACGGGUGUAAUUGAUCGCAUUAGAUUGUGACAUAUAUACGUUUUCAAAAAUGAACCAAGUCGAACAAUAUUAUCGAACUAUCGCCCUCUUCUCGUUUCCGGCAAUUCAUUUGUUUAUUGAUCUUGUUUCAACUUUCCUAUUCAUUCCACGUUCUAAUCUAAACCAGGGACAGAGCAAAACAGAAUUGCAGGUAUGAGCAUCUUGCGUUUCACUCUUUGUUAGCAAGAGUCUCUCGGGGCAUCUUUCCAUCGAAGAACUACCUACAUAGUACAACAACCUGUGUCGUGAGAUCAAACCCCCACCGAUUAUCAGUUUGUGUACUGUGUGCCUGCGCUCCCCAGUUCCCCAGGAUAUCGCACGGUACAUUAUAUGCGAAACACAAUCCGCUAUUUAUGAACUCCCAAAGUCUAGGCUUAAUCAACAGGAAGCCAGCCUACAUAGUUUACCAGCCUACAAUAUUUCACGAGGAGCUUUCGAAAAGGUGCCAUUUCACCCUUAG